CUUCGGAAUCCACGAUCUAUAGAUACCGGAAAGAAAUUUAGAGGCUGCUAUUAUAAUACAAGGACCUAUAGGUCAAAAUACUGUUGCCAGCAAGCCUUUACUAUUCAAAUGUGAAAGUAUUGAACAAACAAAAAAGAUGAACUCAGAUGCCGACAUUCAUCAAGCACUUGCUAGAAACCUCGGUCAUGUGAGUCGUCAACGGGUCAGAUAUAUUCAGAUGGAAUUGCGUAAAUAUGCAACAGAUUCCAGAAUGAAGAACGAGCGACAGUUUUGGACAAUUUUGGAAAACAGCGGUCUGAGAUUUCCCGUAAGAACCGCAAAACAUUUCCUGACGCUAAUAAAAGAUCAACGAGGAAUUGACGUAGAGAUUGCAUCUAAAUACUUGAAAGAAUCUCAGAAAAGAACAAGGCGGGAUAGCGUAGAAGCGCUUGUUGCUGGUGAAAUGGCCGCAGAGAAACGAAUGAACAGACAGAAGAUCAAACACAAAGACACGCCAAAUCAAGAUUCUUCUGAAAAGGAUUCUGAUUACACCCAGCUUUCAUCAUUUAAAAAAAUGACUUCAAGAUUAUCUCUAGAUGAAUUUCGUAGAGUCGGAAGGAUGGUAGCAAACGUAUCUGCUCUUACGGGGGUGGGAAAGCACGUCGAGUCUCACACAAAAGAAAAUUCAACGACUCCACUCGAAGAGACUCAAAACAAUUCUUCACCAAAUAAAACGCUUUUAAAUAUCCUUCUCGAAAAUCCAGACAAAACUCAAGAUAGUGAUGGAAGUUAUCAAGGCACAAAUGAAAGUGCCCAAGAGAAAUAUGAUGAAAAACUAAAAAAGCCGAAGAUGACAUUUUUAACAGUACCAAAACCAGAGAAGAAAUCUUUGCCUACAAAUUCCGAUUCAUCUGAUGAAACGAAUGGAGGUCACGGGACGAUAAUAAAAAUUGAAGAAAAAAAUGGCAAGAAAAGGAAAAAAUCCAAGCGCAAAAAUCAACCUUGCGUAAUUACCAUCACGGUGGAGGACGUUGACGCUAAUUCGCAAGAAAAAACUCCUACUGAUGCUAACGAGUUCAACAAUGAGGCAGAAAUUGAUUCUGGAAUGGAAAAUGAUAUGCUCUCAUUUCUAGAUCAAGAAUCUGCGGAAACAUCGGAAUCGCAAACAGUGGAUAUUAUUGAAAACGAACAAGAGCCUAUUGAUAUAGAAGAAGAAGGUCGGAAAAAAAUUGACGACAAAAAAGAAACAUUGUUUACUAGAAAAAAAAAUAAAAAGGAGAAAAUUGAUGACGAGAAAAUAGAUGUAAACGAUGAUCAUAUCACAGAAACAGAAUUGUCAGAAAUAAACAAUGAAGAGUACAUAGAAAAUGACGAAUUAAAAACUGAUCCAAAUUUUACUCCACAGCAGGAUGAGCAAAGUCAAAAUGUUGCGAUAUCAACAGAAACGGAAGAAGAAGAUUUAGAAGAAAUGUUAUUAAUGAAAAUUGAUUCUAUUAUUACUGCAGAGAGCGAAGGAGUGAAUACAGAAAUCGAGACUGAAGAACCAACUGACGAUUCAAAAGCAGUAACGGAAACUGUCCUAGAACACACGUCGACGGAUAAUGAAUUUUCGAAGGAAAACAAGGAUAUAGCUGAGAAAACAAACACGGAUCAAAAUUGUAUUAACGAAAAGGAUGAAAUAUACGCCGAGAAUGAAGGGAACGACAAAGAGAAAGUAAUAAUAGAGGUUUCAUCGAUCGCUGAAACCGAAUUGAUCGAAAAAGAAGCUGUAAAAACAGAACAUGAGGACAUACAAUCAAUUCAGCAAAUGCCUGAAAAAUAUAUAGUAGACAAAGAUAGUGAUAGUUCACAAAGUCAAGAAUCACUCCGUGAAAUCACAAAUUGUGAACUUCCAACGACUGAAUCUCCAGCAAAUAAAAACACGUCUGAGGCAUUACCGACUGAGGAAUUAACAGAUUAUUCAACGGAUAGUUUUAUAACAAGCGAGAUCAGCGAAAACGAAGACUCAGAUUUCUUUCUGUCGUCGUCUGGAGAUGACGAAGAAACAAAUGAAGUGAAGGAGACAGAAUGUGAUACAAAGAGUAUCGCUGAUUUUGGGGGAGAAACCAUAUACGUGGGAAGUUGCGAGAUGACGGUAUUUCCUCCUGAAUGGAAUAAUAACAAAGAGUACACUGACAAAGUCGAAAAUUUUACAACAACAUCUGAACCAAAACUGGAAAUAAACUGGGUUUAUGGUUGUGAAAUAUCGCACGGACAGAGCAUAGCUUCGGUUGGUGACGAUGAGAUUGUAUACGGAUCCGGAUGCGUUGUUGUUCUGUACAACCACGCGAGAUAUUCUCAAAGACACUAUCUAGGACAUUCGGGACCAAUUUCCUGUGUUGCCGUUCAUCCCGAUCAUAGUAUUGUUGGUAGUGCACAGAGUGAAAGUAAAACAGCAUCUGAUAUGUUGACGACAGCGUCCGAAACUUUACUUGAUUCUGCGAAGCACGAAUCGAAUCACGGAAGAAUUCACAUUCGAGUCUGGAGUGUUAUGGAUUUGACAACAAUGUAUAUAAUGCGUGUUGGAACUUUCCAACAUACAAUUCGAAAAAUGCAAUUCAUGAAUUACAAGAGCUAUAUUUUGACUAUCGAAAACGACGAAGAAGCAUCUCUUACGCUAUGGGAUGGAGGUUGUAAAAUGAAAAGAAUUUCCACGAACCCGAAUGUGGCAGAGAUUCCAGAACCCGCGGUUUCUACUGGAAAAAGAAAAAUGAAAAACCCUGCGCCAGCACGGAAGCCAGAUAAUGGACCUCGUGGUCUGGCUGCUACAUCGCUCCAUGGAGCUGAGUUUGUCAUUGCUGGGAAAGAACAUCUAGGAUUCUGGGAGAUUAAAGAUAUUGAUUAUACUGGAACUUCAUCAGAUGAAGAAUUCGUCAAAAUUAUUGGACCAAAGAGGGGUGAUUUUGUGAAACACUUUCUCCCUCGUUUUGUUUCCUGUUGUGUAAAGGCGGAACGUGGCGGUACAGGACUUUUUGUAACUGGGGAUACGAAUGGGACGAUACUGAUCUGGUCAGAAAGUUUGAAAGAGGUUGUUGGCGGAUGUAAACAUGCACAUGAAUGUCCUAUAUCGUGUAUUCUAGUAACAAAAGAUCACAUUUUCACCGGUGGAGCAUCGGAUAAAAAGAUUCGGGCUUUUAGUUGGGGUAAAAGAGAAUUGGAACGAGUAGGUAACCUCACUUUACCUAAAAACAUCGGACAAGUAUCAGCUAUAUCUAUUGUUGGUGAAAAUUUAUUCAUCGGAACAACGAAGAACUUAAUUUGCACGGUUGUUAUCAACCACUCAGGCUAUUCAUUCUUUCAAAGUAGAACAGUACUCACAGAUGAAAUCAACAAGUUUAAAAUUGGGAACAAGAAAAACAAUAUGGAAGAGAAUGACAGUGCUGUAAAUAAUAACAUAUUUGGUCAAUUAGACUCCAGAGAGAUCGCAAGAGGAAGCAAAGGAAGAUGUGAAAUGUGUUUGCGCGGCAUCGUAUUUUAAGAAAAGAGCAAAAACAAGCGAAAUGACGCCAACACCAGACGAAUCAAAUUUGAGACGAUUGUCAAGAAGUGCAAUCUUCCGUCGACCAGAACCUGCUGUUGAUGUAAGGCCUCUACAGUCUGCAAGAACAUAUAAACCCAGCGC